GCAGUAGCUGUCGGGGCACGGUGCGCGGACGUUACGCGUGAAGCAAGUAGUGGAGAUGACGCGAGAGAAUGCGCUGUUUUUGGACACUGGAGCAGUAGGAAAGCACAAACUCGAGUAAAGUUAAUGACCAGUGUUGAGUGAGACAGUGAGUGUAGGAUGAGCUUUAAUCAGUUGGACACGGAGUGGAUUAUCAGGGACGUCCUGACCAGAAGCCCGAGUCGAGGCGCGCGCUCCAAAUAAGGGGAGCUGGGAGGAGAAGCACGGGCGGAUGGUGUGGAGUUGAUUUCCCCCUUGCUUUAGAAGUACACAGUUGGGGACAAGUUUGUGGGGAAAAAAUGUCUCUGCCGGUACACGCCGAGACCAGGAAAUUCACCCGGGGGCUCGGAAAACCGGGAACAGCCGCCGAGCUGCGCCAGAGUGUGUCCGAGGCAGUGAGAAGCUCCGUGCUGGUGCUAAAGCCACGUCUGAUCGAGCCUUUGGACUAUGAGAGUGUCCUGGUCCAGAGAAAGACACAGAUCCUUAGCGAUGUCCUCCGAGACAUGCUGCAGUUCCCUCUGGAGGAUUUUCAGACCUGCACCCUGCGCCGGCAGAUCCGCACUUUGUACCCAUCAGUUCCAGAGAACGCCCAGAAAGAAGCACACGGUCUGUUUGUGCAUGAGUGUCUUAAAACCUACAAAUCAGACUGGCACAUCGUCAGCUACAAGUAUGAAGAUUAUUCUGGUGACUUUCGUCAACUCCCCAGCAAAGCAUCGAGACCUGAUAAACUGGCAGUUCACGUGUUUGAGGUUGACGAAGAUGUCGAUAAAGACGAGGACACAGCUUCCUUGGGCUCUCAGAAGGGAGGUAUUAAUAAGCAAGGGUGGCUUUACAAAGGCAACAUGAACAGCGCGAUCAGUGUCACUAUGAGGUCUUUCAAAAGGAGGUAUUUCCACCUCACACAGCUGGGAGAUGGCUCCUAUAACCUGAACUUCUACAAGGAUGAAAAGAUCUCUAAGGAGUCCAAAGGAACCAUCUUCCUAGAUUCAUGCAUGGGUGUUGUUCAGAAUAAUAAGGUGCGAAAAUUUGCAUUUGAACUGAAGAUGCAGGAUAAGAGUUCUUAUCUGUUGGCCGCCGACUCUGAAAGUGAAAUGGAGGAAUGGAUCAGCACACUGAACAAAAUACUUCACAGCAGCUUUGAGCUCGCCAUGCAAGAGAAGAGGAAUGGAGACCUACAUGACGACGAUGAAGUGGGAAAGACUGACAGCUCUUCUGGAAGUAUGGACAGCUUUCAGAGCGCCAGAGAUAUCGAGUCCAAGAUGAGAAAUGAAACUCGGCUAAAGCUCUUCACCCUGGAUGCGGACACACAGAAGUUGGACUUCUCUGGGAUCGAGCCAGAAAUCAAACCGUUUGAGGAGAAGUUUGGAAAACGGAUUCUUGUGAAAUGCAACGACCUGUCAUUCAACCUGCAGUGCUGUGUGGCAGAGAAUGAGGAGGGCCCGACUACUAACGUGGAGCCGUUCUUCGUCACACUGUCCCUCUUUGAUAUUCAACACAGUCGCAAGAUCUCUGCAGAUUUCCAUGUAGACCUAAACCACCCGUCUGUUAGAGCCAUGGUUCCAGGCUCUGGUGCACAGAUUAUUAAUGGAGCUUCAGAUGCAGCACAGCAAACACAAAAUGAUCUACCUGAUAGCUUUCUGCAGUAUCCACGACAGGGAGUGUUUUCUGUGAUGUGUCCGCACUCAGAUAUCUUCCUGGUGGCUCGGAUUGAGAAAGUUCUUCAGGGAGGAAUAACUCACUGUGCUGAGCCAUACAUGAAAAGUUCUGAUUCCACUAAGACAGCACAGAAGGUGCUGAAGAACGCUAAAGUAGCAUGUAGCAGGCUCGGUCAGUACAGGAUGCCUUUUGCGUGGGCAGCCAGGCCUCUGUUUAAGGAUGCAAAUGGGACACUGGAUAAAUCUGCACGUUUCUCUGCAGUCUACAGGCAGGACAGUAACAAGCUGUCUAAUGAGGACAUGUUCAAACUUCUGGCAGAUUUCAAGAAGCCAGAGAAAAUGGCGAAGCUGCCAGUGAUCCUGGGGAACGUGGACGUCACUAUCGACAAUGUGGCCCCAGAUCUCCCAAAUUGCAUAACGUCCUCGUAUAUCCCAGUGCGUCAGUUUGAGAGCAGUAAUUGGAACGGGGUGUUGUUUGAGGUCGAGGAGUUUGUGCCAUGCAUAGCAAAAUGCUCACAACCGUUCACCAUCUACAACAAUCACCUGUAUGUCUACCCACGCCAGCUUAAAUAUGACAGCCAGAAGACCUUUGCUAAGGCUAGAAACAUUGCGGUGUGUGUGGAGUUCAGAGAUUCAGAUGAGGAAGAUGCACUUCCUCUAAAGUGUAUAUAUGGUCGUCCAGGUGGAUCACUUUUCACUAAGAAUGGCAUUGCUGCAGUGUUGCAUCACCAGCAAAACCCUGAGUUUUAUGAUGAGUUUAAGAUCGAGCUGCCAACUCAGCUGAAUGAGAAGCACCACCUUUUGUUCACAUUCUUCCACAUCAGCUGUGACACCAACAGCAAAGCUAGCACUAAGAAGCGGGAACAGGUGGAGACACAGGUGGGCUAUGCCUGGCUGCCCUUACUGAAGGAUGGCAGAGUGAUCAUGAAUGAACAGAAUAUUUCUAUAGCCGCAAACCUGCCUGCUGGCUACCUCAGCUGCCAGGAGGGCAACAGCAAGCAGCACACAGGCCCUGAAGUGAAGUGGGUUGAUGGAGGAAAGCCUCUGUUUAAAGUCUCCACUCACCUCGUGUCCACAGUCUACACACAGGAUCAGCAUCUGCACAAUUUCUUCCAACACUGUGAGAGCACAGUCUCUGCAGCCCAGGCCACAGGAGGCGAGUUGGUCAAAUAUCUUAAGAGUCUACAUGCAGUGGAAGCUCCCGUGAUGAUAAACUUCCUCCCCACGAUUCUGAACCAGUUGUUCUGCGUUCUCACCAGCGCAGCUGUCGAGGACGUUGCUGUCAACGUCACAAGAGUUAUGAUCCAUAUAGUGGCUCAGUGCCAUGAGGAGGGUUUGGAACAUUAUUUACGUUCAUAUGUCAAGUACGUAUUUAUGACCGAUGCUAACACAGCCACUGGGAAAACAGUGCAUGAGGAGCUGGCCAAAGCCAUGACCACCAUCCUAAAGCCCUCUACAGACUUCCUCACCAGCAACAAACUGCUUAAGUACUCCUGGUACUUUUUUGAGGCCUUAGUGAAGUCCAUGGCACAGUACUUGAUAGACAGUGGUAAAGUUAGGCUGUCCAGGAAUCAACGUUUCUCUGCCACGUUUUACCACACGGUGGAGACUCUGGUGAAUAUGCUGAUGCCUCACAUCACGCAGAAAUACAAAGACAACCUAGAUGCAACACGCAACGCCAACCACAGCCUAGCUGUCUUCAUCAAGCGCUGUUUUACUUUCAUGGAUCGCGGCUUUGCCUUCAAGCAGAUCAACAACUAUAUCAACUGCUUUAUGCCUGGAGAUGCGAGGACACUGUACGAGUUUAAAUUUGAGUUCCUGAAGGUUGUAUGCAACCACGAGCACUACAUCCCACUUAAUCUGCCCAUGCCAUUCGGGAAAGGAAGAAUAAUGAGAUUUCAAGCAGCUCCCUACUACAGUAUGGAGUCUCAGUCUGCUCUAGAUCUUCAGUUGGACUACUCUCUAACUGAUGACUUCUGUAAGAAUCACUUCCUGGUUGGGCUUUUACUAAGGGAGGUGGGUGCAGCUCUGCAGGAGUUUCGUGAUAUUCGUCAAACAGCUAUACAGGUGCUGAAGAACUUGAUGACGAAACAUACAUUUGAUGAUCGUUACUCCUCCAAGAGUCAGCAGGCGAGGUUGGCUACUCUGUACUUGCCUCUUUUUGGCAUCCUCCAGGAGAACGUUAACAGACUCAACAUUAAAGAUACUACACCCUUGACCAACAGUCUCUCCAGCAGCACUGUACGUGAUGAACCGGUCCCUACCAGCUCUUUAAUGACACCCCAUAAAACAGGGAGUCAUAUUGAGAGUAGCCUGCAUAAGGAUGUGUUUGGGGUUAUAUCUGGAACAGUUACACCACAUGCAUCCUCAACUCCAAACAUCUCUGUACGUCACGCUGACUCGCGCUGCUCCCUCAUCAGCACUGACUCAGGAAGCAGCCUACCAGAACGCAGCAAUGACAAAUCCCAACUCAGUGAUAAGCAGAGCAAUGUGGCUGCAGCUCUGGGUGGAUCUCUCCUACGCUGUGAUAAACUAGAGCAGUCUGAAGUGAAAAGUCUCUUAAUGUGUUUCCUUCAUGUGCUCAAGAGCAUGUCUGAAGACGCCCUAUUUACCUAUUGGAAUAAAGCUUCGUCUGGAGAUCUGAUGGACUUUUUCACUCUGUUAGAGCUUUGUCUCCACCAGUUCAGAUACAUGGGGAAGAGAUACAUUGCCAGGAGCCAAGAAGGGUCUGUAACACAUGAGCGCAAAUCUCAGACUCUGCCUGUGUCCCGCAGUAGAGCCGGAAUGAUGCAUGCUCGCUUACAGCAGCUCAGCAGCUUGGAUAACUCAUACACUUACAAUCACACCUACAGUCAUUCAGAUGCAGAUGUGUUAAAUCAGUCAUUGCUGGAGGCAAAUAUUGCUACUGAAGUGUGUCUGACAGUACUGGAUGUACUAAGCAUCUUCAUCAUGGGAUUUAAGACCCAGCUGAGCUUAGAUCAUGGGCACAACCCACUGAUGAAAAAGGUGUUUGCAGUCCACCUAUGUUUUCUACAAAUCAACCAGUCAGAAACAGCCCUCAAACAAGUCUUCACUUUCCUGCGCACCUUUAUCUACAAAUUCCCUUGUACGUUUUUCGAGGGCCGAGCGGAUAUGUGCGCAUCGUUCUGUUAUGAGAUCCUAAAGUGCUGUAACUCCAAACUCAGUUCCAUUCGCUCUGACGCUGCACAUCUGCUUUACUUUCUCAUGAAGAGUAAUUUUGACUACACGGGCAGAAAAUCCUUUGUUCGCACCCAUCUACAGGUGGUUAUUGCUGUCAGUCAGCUGAUUGCUGAUGUUAUUGGAAUUGGUGGGAUGAGGUUUCAGCAGUCUCUGUCCAUCAUAAACAACUGUGCAAACAGUGACAGGACUAUUAAAAACACUGCAUUUCCAUCUGAUGUAAAAGACCUGACGAAGCGAAUCCGUACAGUCCUGAUGGCCACAGCGCAGAUGAAGGAGCAUGAGCGAGAUCCAGAGAUGCUGGUGGACCUGCAGUACAGUCUGGCCAAGUCAUACGCCAGCACUCCUGAACUGCGUAAAACCUGGCUGGACAGCAUGGCCCGUAUCCAUGUGAAAAAUGGUGAUCUGUCUGAGGCCGCCAUGUGUUACGUGCAUGUAGCAGCACUGGUAGCUGAAUACCUUCAAAGAAAAGGCAUGUUUAAACAGGGUUGCUCUGCAUUUCGAGUGGUCACGCCCAACAUUGACGAGGAGGCAUCUAUGAUGGAAGACGUGGGCAUGCAAGACGUGCACUUCAACGAGGACGUCCUAAUGGAGUUGUUAGAGGAGUGUGCUGAUGGACUCUGGAAAGCAGAACGUUAUGAGCUCAUUUCUGAUAUCUACAAACUCAUCAUACCCAUCUAUGAGAAACGCAGAGACUUUGAGAAACUGGCUCACCUUUAUGAGACACUUCACCGUGCAUACAGUAAGGUCACAGAGGUGAUGCACACAGGCAAACGACUCCUGGGAACCUACUUCAGGGUGGCCUUUUUCGGACAGGGCUUCUUUGAGGAUGAGGACGGUAAAGAAUACAUCUACAAAGAGCCUAAAUUUACCCCGCUGUCGGAGAUUUCUCAGCGACUCCUCAAACUCUACUCUGAGAAGUUCGGAGCAGAGAACGUUAAGAUGAUCCAGGACUCUGGAAGGAUUAAUCCUAAAGACCUGGAUUCCAAGUAUGCAUAUAUCCAGGUGACUCACGUCACUCCCUUCCUAGAGGAGAAGGAGCUGGUAGAGAGAAAGACUGAAUUUGAGAGAAGCCACAACAUUCGCCGCUUUGUAUUUGAGAUGCCCUUCACUGUCUCGGGCAAGAAACAGGGUGGUAUUGAGGAGCAGUGUAAACGCAGGACUAUACUCACCACCACACACUGUUUCCCAUACGUUAAGAAGCGGAUAGCCGUGAUGUACCAGCACCACACAGACCUAAACCCCAUCGAAGUGGCUAUCGAUGAGAUGAGUAAAAAAGUAGCCGAGCUGCGGCAGCUCUGUGCCUCAAGUGAAGUCGAUAUGAUCAAACUACAGCUCAAACUUCAGGGCAGCAUCAGUGUACAGGUGAAUGCUGGCCCACUGGCCUAUGCUAGAGCUUUCCUAGAUGAUACCACAUCUAAGAAAUAUCCUGACAACAAAGUCAAACAGCUCAAAGAGGUGUUCAGGCAAUUUGUGGAGGCAUGUGGUCACGGGCUGGGCAUUAACGAGAGGCUCAUCAAAGAGGACCAGCAGGAGUAUCAUGAUGAAAUGAAGGCCAACUACAGAGACCUCACCAGGGAACUCUCCGCAAUUAUGCAUGAGACGAUCUCUCCUGUGGAGGAUGUCAUGAAGAGUCCCCUUCGUGACUCUCUUCACAUCUUCAAUGCCAUCAGUGGCACUCCCACGGCAGCCAGCAUCCAGGGCAUACCCACUUCCUCUUCUGUGGUCUGAGCUUCACCCUGCACUCUGCACCAUUCGCAUUUGGUUCAAGACUGCUUUCAUAUAUAACAGCAAAAUACAGUCAAGCUUUUCCCCAUCAGUCUUUCUCUAUUUCUCUGUCUUAAAAACACCUUAGUGACCCUGGAAUAGAGAAGAGAGUAGCAGCAUGUGAGCGAUUAGCUGUGUUUGGCUAAAAAUGAAUUUUGAAUAUUUUUUUUUAUUUAGUUUCUAUCCCAUUAUGACUGGGGAUCUGAGUUACUGUUUCCUGUGGAGACUUUUUACAUAUUAGAUACUUAUCAUCUUCAAUUGUUUUGUUUUUUUUAUUAGUGAUUUGUUUCUUGCUCUUUGUUUGUCAUUUCUAACUUAAAACUCUAUGUACAGAAUUUCAGUCUCAGAUGUCUUACAUAUGGUCUGCCUGGCCUCUUUAUUUUGAAUUAAGCUUUGCUUUUCUCUGUUUUAUAUGAGAAGAAAAAUUUACGAUGGAAUCCACAAACAUAAGCAACAAACAUAUAGACCCAAAUAAUGUUAAUGUCUCAGAUGGAGAUAUUUUUAAAGCCAUGAUAUUAUAUGUAUAAAUAUCUAAACAGAGUGCAAUAUGAUGCAAGCUGAGCUCUUGCUGUGUUUGAUACACUGUAAGCAUGGUGUUGAUCCUUCUUGCCAAAGAGUGGAGGAGAGGAGCCAGUGAAGGAGCAGACAUAUUUACCACAUUAGUGUUCCUUUAAAUGUUUAUUAAAUGCUUUUUAUAUUCACAAUGGUGAUUUUUUUUAAAUCUCUAUUUAAUAGAAAGUCACUGUUCUACUGUAUGUCAAAUGUUCUUAAUACUUGUUUUAAAUAAAGUUCACUAUUUUAAAACUG